ACUUUCCGCAACAUCCGUUCCUCAAAGGUCAGUAGACAACCAAUUCUGGAGCUGCGCAAUGUUAUCAGCUAGUGGCACGAACUGAUUCUGGCUUGACUUCCAUGUUUCUAGAAGCACUUUUUCUCGACGUAUGCCCCCUUUCAGUCCCCCACUUGGCCGAAAACCGUUAGCCCUCGCCGCUGCAGGGCUCGCUGCAAUUUCGCUGGGACAGCUCGCAUCCCUUGCAUCAACUGCUGCACGCGAUCGCGAUAGACUGUGCGAUGGCAAAACCUGGUCCUGGUCUCUGCACAGCGACUGCUUCCGGUUUGGAGUCUUGCUCCCUUCGAUCACUCUGUUGAUCACAGCAGCUGGAUCGGCUCUAGCUGUUGUCAAACCUAUUGUCCAAAAGCUUGGCCGUAGCUGAGGAUUCAAAGCCAGUUCGCCGCCCACCGGGCAACACCCGUCUGAUUGACAACCGUGCCUACGAUCGGUGCGGCCAGUACCCUGCUGUC